CUUUAUAAAACAUGUUUCGUUUGAUAAAGACGAGGGGAGACGACGAGCAUUGAACACAACUGUGAGGAGAGUUGCGUUUACUGCACAAAAGACGUUUGUUUAUUGUGUUAUUUCUGAAAUCUAUAAUAAACAACGCCACCUUCCGAAACACAUGUGAAAUGCACCGAAACGUCACGGGACGGUUAAGGAUCUCGACCUAUGAACUCGACUCACGUUUCGCGUCAGCCAUCCCUGAGAAAUAAUAAUAUAUUUCCUCACAAACGCGGAUUAUUUAGCUUACCGAAGCCUCUCGGUAAUUGAUUUGCAUUUAAAGAAAACAUUUAUAAUCUCCUUUCACGCAUAUUGUUGUGUUACGACAUCAGUUUUUUCUGCUGCUUCUACUUCCUCCUUUUGAACAAGCUUUCACUUUUACAAAAGUGCGGCAAUAAUGUCGUUACCAAGUCCAACAUCAGAGACAGAAGGCCUAACAAAGAGAAGAAAAGGAAGCUUUGAUAGGGACGUACCAAAUAUGUCUUUAAGAAUCGUUCUUGUAGGAAGAACUGGAGCUGGUAAAAGCUCUUCAGGAAACACAAUCCUGGGCAGUAGAUCUUUCAGAGCAGCUAAAGGUGCUUCAUCUGUUACCAAAGAAUGCUGGAAGGAGACAGGAGAGGUGGCCGGGAGAGCGAUCACGCUCAUUGAUACACCUGGACUGUUUGAUACUGAAACUUCAGAAGAGUUUCUCACACAAGAGAUCAGUAAGUGUGUGAACAUGACAGCACCAGGACCUCAUGCCAUUGUCCUGGUCAUUCAGCCGGGUCCAUUCACAGAAGAGGAGAGGAUGUCAGUGCAGAAGAUCAGAGCUAUAUUUGGAGAAGAAGCAGAUAAACACACAAUCAUCCUCUUUACUCACGGUGAUGAACUGACAAGCACUAUUGAGGAAUACAUCAGUGAAGGCAAUAAAGACCUGCAAGAAAUCUUCAGGCGCUGUGGAGGAAGAUUUCAUGUCUUUAAUAAUAAAGAAACUGAAGAUCGCAUGCAGGUUCUGGAGCUCCUGAAGAAAGUAGAUGACAUGGUCACGGCUAAUAAAGGUGGAUAUUACACCAGUGACUCUUACAGAGAAGUGGAGACCACACUGAAGACCAAAGAAGAAGAACUGAAGAAACUCUAUGAAAAGAAACUAAUUGACAAACAGAGGGAACUAGAAUCCAGAUUUAAUGAGGAGAAGAGAAAUCUCCAGGAGAAAAUAGACAGACUAACAGCAUCUGAACAGGAAAAAGAAAAGAAGAUUAAAGAUCUAGAGGAACUGAAUCAGAGGAACAGAUCUAUAAUGAUUGAGUACAAGCGUUAUUAUGAGACAAAGCUCAGAGAAGUUAGACAGGAGGCAGAACUACAGACUCGUAUCAGUGAAACUAAGAUGACAAAGAUCCUUACCAAGUUACUUAACCUCCAACUCUAAUCAUGUCAGUUCAUCUGGUUAUCUUUCUGCUUAUCAAAUUCACCUGUUUAUAUGUAAUUGUUGUAUAAUUGCAGAAGACAGAGUUUAAAUGUGAGGGGAGCUGUAAUGAAGCGCUACAGGCCAUAGACAUUAUAUACGUAGACACCUCAUGACGUGCUGGAGCGUUAUCGUUUGUCGCUGCCAUAUUGGUUGGGUCUCCUCACUCUAUACGCUAAAGAGUCAAUCGGAGUCAACGGAGAGCGAACAACUAUGCCAGUAUUUUGUGCAUCUUACCGUUGCAAUAACCGGUGCAGUAUUGAUACCAGAUCGCAUGUGAUUAUCUUUCGCAAGUAAGAUUGAACAAUAUUUUUGGUUAUUUUAACAUUUAUAAUAUUAUGUCAUAGUAACUUACGUUACUUACGUGUAACCAAACCGUGUGAAGACAUGGUAAAUAUUCGGAGACUGAUGAUUAUUGUAGUUGGGGAUACACUUUCCUCUGUAGAAAUAAAUGCAGGGGGCGCAUUGGGGACCAAGAUGGCCGCCGCCCUGAUACGUCAGCUCAAAUAGGCAGCGUUAGUCUAUGAGGCGUCUACGUAUAUAAUGUCUAUGCUACGAGCCAUUCAAAUGUGUGCGUGAAUCAAAAAAGUGAGUUAUUUAUGAGAGAAAUAUUCUCCAGAGCAUCCUACAGGAUAUCACCGUUAGGGAGAUUUAAAUUUGAGUUAAGAUUGUUUAUCAAAUGUUAAUUAUAUCCAUGAUAAUCCGUGCAUCGAUUAAUUCAUUUUGAUUAUAUUGCUCUUUUAUUCCAUUUACUUACUGUGUAAAUUAGUAUAUUGUAUUGUAUAUGGUUGUAAUAUAAACAUUGAAUUUGAGCAGUUAUCUAAAUAUUUUUUGUAGAUUUAAUAUUCCACAGUCAUUACUUUGCCCAUUGUUAAUGCUACUCUGACAAUAAUUUUAUAAUUUUUUGCUAAAUGCAUUUAUAAGUAUUUAAAGUUAUAUUUGCAUAGUUUAUUGUCUCUCAUGUCUAUCAAUUUUAUGU